CUUUGUCAGAUCGAAACUUCCGGAAGAAAUCCCCUCCCUCACCUCGUCUGUAUAAAGUCCACACGAGAUGGGUCGCCGUGACCGCCACAAAUCAUUAUCCGUCCGGAGGAGAGAGAGGCGGCGGAAGAGGAAGAGGAGGAGGAGGAGAGCAUGGCGGCGCCUCUCUUCACAAUCUCGGGGCUUCGCGAGGCGGCGAUGCUGUACGCCAGCCGCGACGACCCCAUCAAGGUCAUCGUCACGGACGUAGAGCUCCGCCAGGCGCCCGCCUUGCUGGAGUUGCUGACGAAGGCCAGUCGGCUCCCGCGCGGGUGGGAUCUGGUCCGUGACCACAAGCUUCGUCAGCUCGCGCGCCUGGCGAACGAGAUCGUCGUCAUCGUCGACGUUCUGGUGCCGAUGCUCCGGGAGAACGCCCUCCACCACGACGCCGGCCGCCUCCUCCUUCAGUAAGGCUGGUCACUCCCCCACAUCGCUCGCCAUGUCGAUGGGCCGGAGGGGCCGUUCCACGCGGUCGCGGUCACGGCAGGCAAUUUCCUCCGCCACCACGUCGACCACAUGAUCAAUGGUACGCGCGAUCGGGACUAGCUUGUCGCGAAUGUCGAGAGAGUUCGCGACAAGGUCGCCGACCUCAACACCAUGGUGGUCUUCAUCCCCGAGCUCGGCCUCGACGAUGGACCGGACGGCGGCGAGGACGACCCGGAGUUCGGUGGCGAUGAUGGAUCCGACGACGGCGAGGACGGCCCGGAGUUCGGCAGCCCGCAAGGUGACAACGAGGAAGCUGACGAUGCAUGACCAUGGGGCGUGUUUGUGAAGAGUACGAGCGCCGAGCGUGUGGUGAGGGUUGUUUGCUACAUUUUCUUCCAGUAGACUACUCUCGUUUUCUCUUGCUUUUGCGACUGUCGAUCCUGAAACCUUAGUAGUAUAUGAGUAACAUUCUUAGAAUCUCGUCAACAGUAGUACAUGAAUCCAUGUGCUUAUUCUAGUAGCAGAUGCAGAUCGCUUCGAGCACUGUAAAUUGAAUCCAAGCAAUUAUACCAUGAAAUGGAAAUGUCCACCCGAUCUAAGUGUUGUCCAUCAGAA